AUUUUAGUUUAGUUUUAACCAUUAAUGACAUUUUAUCGUUUGCAAUUUAAUAAAAAUUAAAAAUACGAUUUGUAGAGUAAAAAUUGGUAUCAUUUUAUUAUUAAAUAGAUAAUUAGUAAAAUCAUCCAUAAUUAUACAUUUUAGCCGAAAUGUCUUUCGAUUAUUCAGUAAACUUCGAACGAAUACUCUUGUAGCUUGUAUUGCUUGUAUCAGCAACUUCAUAAACACAACGAAACGAGAAGAAUGUCCUUAAUAGAAGGUGUUGGGGAUGAAGUGGUGCAGUUCGUGGUUGUUGUGUUAGUUGUGGUGGUAGCUUCACUGGCUUGGUGGUCCACCAAUGCAAGACCUGAUAGAUACAGAACUGUACUUGUGAUGAGAUCUCGGCCCCAUCACCCUGUUACAGUCAGCAUUUUAACGAGGUCAAAUGUAACAAAUACCCAAGUCAAUACUACUCAACCAUCAACUUCAGAACCUAUAGCUGCAAAUAACACAAGUUCUGAUAAUGAGAACAUCAGAGACAAUAGAGUGAUACCUCUACAGGAAAUGGACAGCAUUGUUGAUGCAGAUAUGGCGAUGUUGAACAACAAUCGCUUACAUUUCUAUCGAAGGAUUGAUUCUCCAGCUAAUAAUCAGAGCAUCUCAGAAACUCAAAGUGAAGAAACAGAUAGCAUUGAGGAACAAGAACCCUCCAGCAAUGCUCAGAUAAGGGAGAUGGACAGUAUAGUCAGUGCCAUGGAGGCUGAUGUCACAACUGGAUGUGACUUUUUUACAAGAUCAAGUGAAUCCCAUUCUAAUUCAAAACCAAAAUCAGCAAUAUCCAGUCAAAAAGAAGAUUCAUCAAACGAGCGAGAAAUUACAGAUGUUGAGACAGAAAAUGCUGUUGGAACAUCUAGUGAUGUAAUAGACAACAGUGAUGAAAGAAAAAUACUUAUUAAGCUUAAAUAUCUAAAUGACACAUUAAAAGAAGUAGAAGGAAGCCUUGAUGAACUUUUAAAGGAUUUCAAGCGACGGCACUUCUCGGCGGAUUUGGGCGCGGAUCGUCGCGUACGACUCAUUUUCCGCGGUCGUGUGCUAGGCGACGAAGCUGCCACAUUACGUGCGUGCGGCUUGCAUCACCAGGCUGUGGUGCACUGUCUCGUGCAUCCCUCCCACACGCCGCGAUCGCCGCGCGUUGCCUCUCAGCAACAACAAAACUUAUCAGAAACUUCCGGAAACGCCACUCACGAGCUGGUGACUGAGACGGCGGCUGUGCCAGAACGCCCAUGGGAUCUCGAGAACAUCCUUAUGACUCUAGUCUCUGUAGCGCUCACCAUAGUAUGGUUCUUCAGGUGUGAAUAUUCAAACAUGUUUACGGCCAGUGCCAGUGUUGCCCUAUUUGGAUUGACCGUGUUUUAUAGUGUCGCAAUUUUCGGUCUUUAUUUAUCAGAUACAUUCCAUUUCGACCGACGACCUGCACAACCUUUACCUAAUAACUAAAAUGAAUCUAAAUGAACACAUUACUUAUAAACCGCCUUUUGUAAACUUUAUUGUAUUUCAUGAGCAUGUGGACGGCUUACGUAAUAUUAAAUCGAUGUUAAAAAUAUAUAUAUUGCCACAAUAUAUAUUUUGCUCAUAAACCAUUUUAGCUUGCAUUGUAACUUCAGAAAUAGUUUCUUCGUGAAUUUGUUAAAUUCAUAACAAUUUUCUUGAAGUUUCUAAUAUUAAAAUGUAAAAUUUUGAAAAAAAUGCUUGCGUAAAUAUAGGUAUAAUUCUGUUUGACUAACAGAGGAAGUACCAAUUAAAAAAUACAAUUUUUCAGAUUAAUUAUGUAACAUAUGUAUGUUUAGGACAGUUGCAAUUUUCUAUAAAGUAACACUUAUAAACACAAUAUUUUUCAUCAAUAAUUAAAUUGUUUUAAUCACAAAGAUAUUUUACACUUUCUUGGGUUAGUAUAAAUAAAAAAUAAUACUUAAUUAUUAUUAAAAAUUAGCAUACAUUCAUGUAUAGCACAAAGCCUUUUUAUUUUUACCGUCCAAAUAAUCUCAAUCAUUAUUGUUGUACUGCUAAUUUAUUUAUUGUAAAGGAUCAUAUCGCCAUUAUACAAAUAAUAUAGUAAAAACAAUUCUUGAAAAGAUUCAGUAACAGUAACAGCCUGUAAAUGUCCCACUGCUGGGCUAAGGCCUACCCAGUAUGAAUUGAGCACACGUAGACCACCGCAACGACGACCGACACGUUCCUGUUUAACAAAAAACUUCGAUAUUAAUUAAUCUUAAUACAUAUAUAAAAUAUAUAUACAGAGAAGGUUUUUGAAAAGAUUAUCUGUUUGAAUUCAAUUAAAGAAAGCUGACAUUUUAUUUAAUUUAUGCCUAUUUAAGUUUGAGGUGACAGCGUACACAAAAUUUUUAAUCAAAUAGAUAAGCUAUCAAAAGUAAAUACAUUGCAUACUUUAGAUUAAUUUAUAUUAUACUUUUAAAUUAAUAUGUGAAAAGUAUAAAACUAGUACCUUAAGGGUAAUUUGUGAGUAUAAUGAAUUAGUUAAUAAAUAUUAUAAUAGAAAUAUUUAAAGGUUAAAUUUAGAAUAUUUAUUAUUACCUACCUUAAUUUAAUCCAAAUUAUUAUUUUAGUUGCCUAUUUUAGAAAACGAUUCGAAUUCAUCUUUACACAAUGCCUACAUUAAAUAUUAUUUUAUUUAUAGGCAUAACAAUUUUACAUUACGAAACUAAAGUUUUAGCAAAAAUGUUACUUUUAAAAACGUAGAAAAAAUAAAUAGCGUUUUGAAAAAUCACAGGAUAUUGAAAAUUCUAUGAUUUUUAAAACAUAGUUAUUUUAAAAAGACCUACUUUUGUAUGAGUAUGAUCGCGACAUGAUCCCAUGCAGGUUUACUGGCGACGGUUGUUUUUUUAGUAGAAGUGAAUAUAUUUAUAAAUUAAAAUGUAUAGAAUUAUAAUUGGUUUCAGCAAAUGUAAAUAAAAUAGGUUAAAAAAAAUUACACGUAUUUAAUAAGAUAUACGGUGACUGCUGCACAUUUUAGUUAUCUGGAACAGCUUAGUAGCGCGUUUUGUCGUGUAUAUUAUACAUUAAUUUUCAGCUGAAACAUUUUAUUGUUAUUUAAUUUUUAAGUUCAUGCAAUAAACUUACACCAAAAAAUGUUUCUUUUAUUUUAU